AUGAAAAACGACAAAGGUAAAAAUUUCUCAUUGAAUGAGGAAUAUUUGCUAGUUGACCUAGUGGAGAUACACAAAUCCGUACUGGAAAACAUGAGACAAAAAAAUGAAACUUGGGAGAAACUUGCUUCAGAAUUUGCAAGUCAGUCUGGGGUGCAAAGAGCGUGGAAAGCGCUACGCGACAAGUACGAAAAUUUAAAAAGAAAGUCUAAAGUGGAAAUAGCUACCGAAAAGUGUGAAACCUAUCGAACAGGCGGGGGACCUACUGCUACGUCCAUAGUUUCAAAUAUAUCCGAAAAAAUUUCUUGUCUUAUUGGGGAAUCUGCUACUGGCUUGUGUAAUCCAUACGACAACGAUGGAUUAAAUACUGAACUUAAAUCAAAAACUGAAGAUGUUAAUGAUUCCAUACAAGAAUUACAAUCUAAAACUGAUGAUAUUAAUGAUUUCAUUCAAGAGGAUUUCGUAAAUUUAAUAGAGAUCGACGAGGAGGUGGAUAAAGAAAUGUAUCCAUCAUCGUCUAAAUGGAACCCUACAAUAUUAAAGGAAAAAGUUUCAAGUAAACUUAAUACAAAAAAGUUUAAUCAACGAAAAACCAAAUUAGAAGAUGAAAAAAUAAAACUAAUAAAGAUACAGCAGGAUUUUUAUAGGAAUGAAAAUGCCAGAGCUGCUGAAAAGCACAAGCUCGAAAUGGAAAAAUAUCAAAACGAAAUUACAUCAAUACGAUUAAAAAAUGAACUUAUCCAAAAUGAAAUAAAAGAGAAAAAACAACGCAUCUGA